UUUAGGACUUGUUUUCUUUUAUUGUGACUAGCGAGAUCAAUGCCGUCAAUAUCAGCCCUCUCACCUUACUACUAUAAAUCAUUUCAUCCUUUGAAAAGUGAUGACAAGAGUUUGAGAAGUUGCGGCAACGAACAUCCCACAUCCACACGUUACACGAAUGCGCAGCAAUCUACACAGUCCCUCUUCCGCUUAGUUCUGCAAAGUCAGACUGCAUACGCGCAGUACGUGAAGCUGCUAACUUUGUUUGUAUUUGCUGUUGUCCAUGUUAUGUACAUGAUACCAUUCUUGAAUACUUUUGCGGUUGUGACUUCCAACGUCGAUAUGACCGAUGUGACGCCUAAUACUGGAUCGUUCCAUUUCCGGCAUUUUGUUGAAAUUCUUGCCGAUUACAAGAAGAACAUGUGGAUGAUUGUGGGUAGUAUGUGUGUUGCGCUGUCCACUUCAUGCUUCAUCCUUACGCUGAAUGCUUCAUCACGGAAGAUCACUUAUGACAUUGUUGUACGAGGAAUUGAUCUUUUGACUUUUGGUACUUUACCAUUUUUCCUGGUCGCUAGACUGAUUUUGCUGAGCAGUAUCUUUGAACAAUUACCUGUCGUACUCCGUGAAAUUCAGUUUAUUCAAUAUUCGAAACAACUGAGUACCGCACUUCAUUGCUCGUUUGUACCUGUCAAAGAGGUUCCUCUAUGCGAUCAAGUUAUACGAAAUGCUCUUUUCCCGGCAUAUAUGCUCAAAUUUCUCAUUAUAUUGGCCAUCUUGACAGUUGCUUACAUGUUGUUGGCUUAUUUAAUCGAAUGGUGUUUGAGACACUGGUUUCCACCACAGUUUCCAAACACACUUCUAACUAUGCACCAGUCGCUGUGACUGUCUAAAUUUUUGGUCCGGGAAUUGUUAUGAGUGAAUCGAAUUAUUCAGAAAGUAUUUAUUCAUUUGAAGGAAUUCUUCUGUUCUUCAGGCAUUGGCGAGUCUGCUUGCUACAAUUUGUCGACCAAGUUGUUUGUUUUGUAUACAGUGCCCUGUGCAUAAUGUAAAUGUAGUUUACGUUGUUAUUUUUCAAAUCUAUGCUCUUUCCACCUUGCCAUUUUAGAUUAGUCAGCUGUUUAGAAUUAUGUGUGUUUCCGUAUUUAUCACAGAAAUAUUUACUCAUGGUCCAGAAUAAAUCUGAUUUGUACAAAGCAUCAGGAAAAUCAUUUUGGAAAAAGCACAA